UUCCUGCCAUUGCUAUGGAGACGUGUAAACUCAUGGGAUCAUGGCACGUUUGGUGAAGUUUCAAAGCCAAAUUCAGCAAGUGCGAGUGGAGUUCUUCGAGAGACAAAGGAUAGCUGAGGAGAACAGAAAAAGAGAGAAUGCAGCCGCGGUUAAAAUUCAGAGCUGGAUCAGAGGAUGCCGCGUUCGGGCUUAUGUGAGAUAUCUCAGUAGGUAUGCGGUCAUCAUACAGAAAAUAUGGCGUGGGUAUGCUGCAAAAGGCGUCCUCAGACAUAUGCAAGAGGUCGCCUACCUGGCUCAGCGGAUGCGCUACUACAAUCAAAUGGCUACCAGGAUCCAGAAGAGGUGGAGAGGCUUCUUUGUGAGGAAGUACGUCCACAAUUACUACGACAGGAAGCACUAUCUGGAGGCAUUGGCCAAGAAAAACGAGGAAGUGAGAAGAGAGUUGGAAGAGCAUGAGGAGCAGCAGGUGAAGGAGAGGGAGCGUGAAGCUCUGGAGAGGGAGGAGCAGCGCAAGAAGAAGAAGGCUCAGAGACUCCACUUCCUGCUCAGCACCCAACAGCGUCCAGGUGUGUUCAACUCGCCGUUCCGCGAGGGUCCGAGUGAGAUGGAGCGGCGGCUGCGUCACAUGACCCCGGCGGUGGCCCAGAGUGCCAACGAGGCGUCCAGACGCCGACGCCAGCAGCAGAGGAGCACAGCACGGGAGCAGCAGACACUCACCCUGCCCCCCAUACACACCAAGAGACCACAGGGUCCGUUCCGCGGCGUGGAGGAGGUGUGGCGUCAGCGCCAGCGCCCCAUUGAGCCGUCGCUGCGCGUGGCCACGUCCAUCACGGCCCUCCAGGAGGCGCGCCAGGAACUCAGGAUGCACGAGCUCGACUCCAGACUCGUACCACACCCGUUCUGGCCAUUUUCGAGAGCGCACAAGGAAGGAAGCAAGUACGAUCCCCUGCUGCACACGCGCACCGACUACCAGCCGCUGUCCUACGGCACCAAACACUUCAGAGACGACAGCACACCACAGGACAAAGAGCCCUUCAAGACUGUCUUCACCACGUGCCACGUCUUUGACAAAUUUGGCCGUCUCUACUCUAACGCUGGGAAGAUCGUCUGAGGAAGUGUUUGCGGCGCUUCCUCACAAAGCGUGUGUACACAGCCUGGCAUUAUGAAGGACGAUAUUGUUACAGCCACGCUACGGGUAUUGCUAUUGUAUUGAGGUUUCGAGGAGUCAUUAUCUAUGUCAAAUUACAUUUUCCAAAUGGUGUUCAUCUGAAAGCAAUGAAAGAAAGGAAAGCGGUAAUAAAGAGAGGUUAUAAAAGCCUGACAUAAUGUGAUGCAUCUGA